GUUUAAAAAGUAGCAGGAGCUGCAGUCGGCUGACACUCAGGUGCGCGUGCAGACAGGUGAUGCUUCUGUUAGUGAUUCUGCUCGGAGUCGGGCUCAACUCAGCCACAGCUGCAAAGCUGGGUGUGGUGGAGACGGAGGGUGGCCUGGUGGAGGGACAGAGUUACAGGAUGAGUCUCUUCAGGACUGUUGAUGUCUUUAAAGGCAUCCCCUUCGCUGACGUCCCUGGAAAGUGGGAGAAACCAAAACCUCAUCCUGGCUGGAGCGGAAUUCUGAAGGCUACAAAGUAUCGCGAUCGCUGCCUGCAGGUGACGCUGCUGCAAACAAAAACCCAGGGCAGCGAGGACUGUCUCUACCUGAACAUCUUUGUUCCACAGGGAAGUUCAUUGUCCACCAACCUGCCCGUGAUGGUGUAUCUGUUCGGCGGAGCCUUCCUGCUGGGGGCAUCCAAUGAUCUGGCGAUCCUCGGAGACUCUCUUUAUGACGGGAAAGAGAUGGCCGACAGGGGCAAGGUCAUUAUUGUGACAGUUAACUACAGAGUUGGUACCCUGGGUUUCCUCAGCACCGGAGACUCCCGACUGCCAGGUAACUAUGGUCUUUGGGACCAGCACGCUGCCAUCUCCUGGGUACGCAGGAACAUCGCAGCAUUCGGAGGAAACCCCGACAACAUGACCAUCUUUGGCCAAUCGGCAGGAGCCGCCAGCGUCAGCUUCCAGAUGCUGUCUCCCUACAGUAAAGGGUUAUUCCGCAGAGCGAUCACACAGUGCGGGGUGGCGCUCAGUCCCUGGGCUCUGCAGAGGAACCCCAUGGCUCUCACCAAGAAGAUCGCUCGGAAGGUCGGCUGCUGGCGAAGCAACGAGGACGAGAUGAUAAUGUGUCUGAAGAUGAGCGACCCGGCUGGUCUGACCAUGGCGGGAAAAAUUGAUGUGCUGCUAAUUUUGGGCAAAGGCACGGUCAUGGAUCUUCUCGAACUUGCUCCAGUGGUGGACGGUGAUUUCAUCCCGGACGAUCCCAGUCGCCUGUUUCACAAUGCGGCGCAGUUCGAUUACAUGGCCGGGGUCAACAGCAUGGACGGACACAUUUUCGCCGGAGUUGAUGUUCCUUCCAUCAAUAGUGAAAAGCACGUCACAACUGUAGAGCAGGUGAAGGGUCUAUUGGCCGGUUUGACCAAAGAAAAGGGCAAUGCUGCCAUCGACUCAGCAUUCAGCGUUUACUCGUCUAACUGGGGUUCGGCUCCGGAGCAGGCACUGGUAAAGAAGACUGUGGCCGACAUUGAGACCGACUUCCUGUUCCUGGUCCCAACUCAGAUCGCUCUCCAGCUGCACGCCAACAACUCCAGUGGAGCCAAUACCUACUCCUACCUGUUCAACAUGAAGACGCGGAUCUUUGUCUUUCCCAAAUGGGUGGAGGCGGAGCACGCCGAGGACCUGCAGUACCUGUUUGGUAAACCAUUCUCCACCCCGCUUGUCUACUUCCCCCGACACAGAGACCUGUCUGGGUACAUGAUCGCGUACUGGACCAACUUCGCCAGGACUGGAGAUCCCAACAGAGGCGAGAGUAGAGUCCCAGUUCCCUGGCCCACCUUCACUAAAUACCGUCGACCCUACGUGACCAUCAACCACAAGAUGUCCAAGUCCUCCGUCAGCUACGACCUGAGAUCUUACUACGUUGACUACUGGACCGAAACCUACAGCAAGCUGCCGUCAGUGAAGACACAGGAAGUGGAAAUCUGACCCACUGAAUUAAAAGCUGCUGAAAGAUUUAGAUGAUGAAUUAUGAGCAGAAAGAAAAAUAGGGAUUAAAACUGAAAACAGAUAGUAACACAGCUGUGUAGAUUUUAAUUGAAAAUUUAAGUAGUACUAAUCAUAGGAAAUGGAAACACUGCUUGAUGGCAGUACUAUGUGUACUGUAU